CGUCGUCGCUUUGCAUACACAGUGAACUUAUAUGAUCGAGUGUUUCCCUUUUUCUCUUUUGGCGAUCCUCGCAUGUUAUCAAGCUUCCCGUGAUUUUAAGACGAAGGGAAAUUGGCGCUCCGCAUCCCGUGCUCUUUUUCUCUAUCCGAGAAUUUCUGUGUGUCAGGAAAAACUUCGCUUCGUCUGCUGCAGAUUGAGUGAGUUUCUUCGGUUUCUUAAGCGGUGCAGGCUUGUUCGUAGUCUCAAACGGACCGGUUGUUCUUGCUUUGGUGUUUCAAAUUAUAUAAGGAAGGGGUUUGAAGAAUGUCAAGAAGGUGGGUAUGUAAUCCAAGUGAUGUAUCUAAUUCGCGAGUAAUGCAAGAUCAACCGCGUGCAUGUCGCCGGGCUCAUUGACGUUUGCGAGCACAACACAGUGGUCGUAGUAUCGCUGCUGCAGCUCCUUGGUAUGACCCCCUUUGGCGAACUGUGACAUUUUCCAGGCCAUAUAUAUUGCCGCCAACAUGUUGAGAAGGAAGAACUCCAAGCUGGUUUCAGAAAGCAAUAGAGAAACUCUCAAUCAGGACUUACUACGGACUGACGAAGAGGAUGAGAAGAAAAAGUAUGCGGUUGCGAAGACGUCCAGAAACGCUGUUGCUCUCAGUCUGGGAGGACUCUUCGUCCUUUUCAUAUUUUUCACCCCUUUGAUAUGGCAAGCUAGGCAAUUUAUGUACCAAAAACAUGUAGUUCCACUACCAGAAUCGGCACCUCUGAACAAGUUUUCGCAAGAAAGGGCAAUGAAUCACAUCCGAGCACUUGCGGUUGACAUUGUUGGCCGGCAGGAGGCAACUUCUGGUCUUGCGAAAUCUUUCUCAUAUGUCAUCUCAUUUUUAAACGACAUGAAAGACAGAGCUAACUCUGAUCUCAUCAUCGAAAUAGACGACGCACUCGUAGAUGGCUCAUUCAACCUCAAUUUCUUGGGGCACUCUGUCUCCAACUUUUACAAGAAUCAUCGCAAUUUGGCAGUGAGGAUUUCAAGCAAAGAUGCUCAGGAAGGAGAUGCAACAGUGCUUGUAAAUGGGCAUCUCGACGGUCCUUUGGGGUCUCCUGGAGCAGCAGAUUGUGCUUCGUGUGUGGCAAGCAUGAUGGAAGUGAUGAGGUAUAUUGUGGACACGAACUGGAUUCCGCCAGCCCCUCUGGUUUUCCUUUUCAAUGGAGCAGAAGAGGUGUUCCUCUUAGGUGCACACGGUUUCAUUACUGCUCAUCGGUGGAAAGACUCUAUCGGAGCAGUCAUAAACAUUGAAGCGUCUGGCGCAAGUGGUCCAGAUCUAGUGGUUCAAUCCGGCCCUGGGACAUGGCCUGCCAGAGUUUAUGGUGAGAAUGCUGUCCAUCCCAUGGCAAAUACUGUCGCUCAGGAUGUCAUGCCGCUUAUACCUGGAGAUACUGACUACCGAGUAUUUACAAAGGAUUUCGGUGACAUUCCCGGCCUGGACAUCAUUUUCGUUCUGGAGGGAUAUGUAUAUCACACUGGUUAUGAUACGGCUGACAGAAUUUCACGCGAGAGUUUACAAGCGCGAGGGGAGAAUCUUAUUGCGUUGCUGCAAGGGUUUACUACCGCACCGGAGCUGAAGAAUGCUUCAGUAAGAGCCGCACAUCCCGACCUUGUGGAGAAACGUCCCAUAUUCUUUGAUUUUUAUGGAAUGUUUAUGAUCAGCUACUCGCAGACGGUGGCUCUGGCGUUGCAUGCCUUGCCAUUGUUCUAUGUGCUUUUCUUCCAAGGAAUGCGUUCAACCUCUGAAGGAGCACCUGCUACUGUUGCUACUCGCAUGAAAGCCAUUUUGCGGGGGGUCAGUCUCCAAUUUGUUGGAAGCUUGCUCAGCUUCAUCCUGCCCGUAGUGCUUGCCAUCCUACGUCUCACUGUCUCAAAGUCAGCGAUGACAUGGUUUGCACAUCCUUGGAUAUCAUAUCUCAUGUUCGUUCCCGUCUGUAUUGCUGGCUUUUUGAUUCCGAGAGUGGGUCUUUACGGAGAUAAUCAUAAGCCACUGACCGAGCAAAAAGAAAAGGAAUUGGAUUGGAGCGCUCAUUGGGGAGGGAUAGCUUUAAAUGCGGCGUUAGCUAUCUUUUACAGAUCGCUUGGUAUCAGUAUUGGGUACAUGAACUUCUUCUGGGCCUUCUUUAUGAUACCAGCGCUGUCGACCAUGCGGUUUUGUCAGAGAUGGUUUGGGAAGGACUCACUUUUGGCCGCAGCUGGAUACAUCUUGCCUGGAUUGUUGCCCGCCGGGUACAUGUGCUACUACUCAGGAAUUACUAUCCAGUUGAUGACAGAGAAAAUGGGGAUGAGUGGCACCUUCCCCCCAGCGAUCUCGUUUUACGUCUCUGAUGUGAUUCUAGCGGUGGUCUUUGGGAUUUUUGCUGGCGCCACCGUGGGUCCAUUGCUGCCAGUUCUAGCAAGGUGGAUUGGCAGGCCUCCAGUUCUCCGUUUCCUUUUCUAUGUGAGCAUAUGCUCAGCAGCCCUUUCCUCUCUGUUAUUCCCUUACUCUUUCCACGCUCCGAAACGGGUUAUUUUGACGCAUGCUUACCAGACAAACGGUUCAACUGAAGUGCUUGCAUCAGGCUACACAUUCGCAACAAUCGACCCAAACCCUAUGGAUUUUGUGUGGAAGCACUCACCAGAAGCUAUUCGAAUGCUUCACAUCCAUCCUCAAGAUGCGAGCUUGUCGAAACCCAACCCCAAUGUUUUUCUCGCCUUGUAUCCAAUUUGCACCCUCUUGACUCUGUCUCCAGAGAUACCAACACUACACACCACUGUCCGUGUGGCUACACCAUUGCCCUAUUUGCGAGUUGUGCAACAAAACCUCGAAGAAGGAGACGCACAAACGAAUAACCCAGCAAGGCGUCGCGUGCACCUAGAGGUACACAUGGGAGCAUUGGAGCAGGUAUGGUCUACAGUAAUGAACAUUACGGGCCGGCUUGCAAGCUGGUCCUUGGCGGAUCAGGAGCUCCCAAGUCCAGAGAGCGUAGAUCAGAAUGGUGUGCCCUCGUACUUUUUACGCUUGUCUGGGAAACCUGCGGGAGGAGUCUGGCAGCUUUGGGUAGAAACUGAAGCUUUCGAGAAGCUCAGUAUAGACCUUGCAGUGCUCGACCAGGUUGUGGAUGACACGACGGCACAUCUUUCCAGAAGUUUCCCACCCUGGGUGGCUUUGGUGGCUGGCUCUACGUAUAUAUCAAGUUACUCAGUCUUGGUCGGUUCAUAGCCUACUUAGGUGACCGGAAAUGUGUGUAUAACAUUUCUCACUUCUGCUGCUGUCGGAGCAAUCCGGUGAACAUCUGAAUUAGAGCAUAUUAUUCCAAUUACAACGUUUCGUAGAUAGCUCUGGAUUUGAUAGAUUUAAUAACUUGAAUCGGUUACCAUCUGUGUUUGCAUCGAGAACAAUCAUGUUCUUAUUCUUAGGAUUGACCAGCAUAGUCCAAGCUUGUAGUUGAUCACAUUACAGCAACAUUUUCAAUUGUUAAAAAUUUCAACUUCUUUCCCGAAAAAAAAGAAAAAAAGAAAAAAAAGAAAAAGUGCUGUUUAAUUA